AUGAACGCCACGGACGAAGAUUUUGGCAGUCCUCGCAGUCCUGCAAGCAAAAAAGGUCGUUCUGUUUCUCCAUCUGAUUCCAACAACGACCGGAGGCGAGGCUCUCGCUCACCUAAACCUCGUACCAAUGACUGGGAAUACAAUCCAUCUGAAGAAAGAAAUUCAUCACGACAACGAGACCGUGACAAUGACCGUAGCCGAGAUAGAGACAGGGAUGUUAGUAGAAGCAAUGAUGUAAAGGAAGAAUCCAAGUUCUCUAUGGGCAAACGAGACCCUUCCACACCAUCUCGCAAAGAAUGCCGUGUCUAUGUCGGAAACCUGUCCUAUGAAUGUGGAUGGAAGGACUUAAAGGAUUUUAUGCGACGGGUCGGUGAAGUCGUCUACGCCGAUGUUCUGACUCAACCCAAUGGCAACUCCAAGGGAUGUGGUUUGGUCGAAUUCUCCACUCCUGAGGAAGCUCAAAAAGCAAUCAAGGAAAUGGGUGAUCAACGCUUCAUGGAUCGUCCUAUAUUUGUUCGGGAGGAUCGUGAAGCUGAAAAGCAGUAUGGGCAGUAUUCGUAUUCAUCCAGAGGCCGUGGAGGUUAUGGUGGUGGUGCCAGCGGUGGUGGAUUUGACCGACGUGGACCUCCUCGUGGACCUCCUCCUUCGCGUCCCAGUGAUAUUGGUCGUUCUGUCUUUGUCAACAACCUCCCUUAUUCGGUUGCAUGGCAAGACCUGAAGGAUAUGUUCCGAAAUGCAGGCAAGAAAUUUUAUCAUUGUUCGACUUAUUUAGUAACCAGGACUAAUCCUCAUCUAAAUCGUGUAGGGACCAUUAUUCGCGCUGACAUUCACCAAGAUGAUACUCGUCGCUCGAAGGGUUGUGGGGUCGUCGUGUUUGAUACUGCUGAAAGUGCUCAACGGGCUAUAAAGAUGUAUGAUGGUUAUGACUGGAGUGGUCGCAAAUUGGAAGUUCGAGAGGAUAAGUUUGCGGGACGUGGUUCAGGAGGUGAACAGUAUGGCGGCGGUGGUCGUGGAGGAAGAGGUGGCUUCCAUGGAGAUCGUAUGGGCUCUCGUGGUGGAUAUGGUGGCGAUUUCGGAUAUGGACAACAAGGCCAUGGCUAUGGUGGAUAUGACUAUAGAGGCUACUUUGCUCCUCCAUAUGCUCCAGAUCCUUACUACCAAUACGAUCAAUACUAUCGUGGUCCACCUGGUCCAGGAGGUCCAGGACAGUAUGGUCAGCCCCCAAGUGCAUCUUCGCAACAAGGAGGUCCUCCUCGUCCUGAAUAUGGUCAUCCCCCACAGGGCAGCAUGGGAAUGUUUUCCGAUGGUCGAAAUCAUAACUAUGGAGGCAAAUGGUGA